AAAAUGUUCUUCAUGCUGAGCAUGACUAAGAAGCAGGGAUUGGCACAUCUAUUAUAGGAGGAGCUUUGACUGAGUCAGGCCCUACAUCCUGAGCAUGGCUAAGAAGCAUCAAUGCACUCUUAUGGGAGGCGUGGGUUUUUUAAACGCUUUGACUGGGCCAGGACCUCCAUCUUUUCUGGAACGUCCUCCGUUCUGAGCAGGAAUACAGACUCGGCCGCGGCCUAGUGCUUCUGGUUCCUCCUCCUCCGCCUCCUCGGAGGCCAUCCCCAACGAAGGAGGAGCCGCCGCUUGGAGGAGGAGGAGAGCGCCGUUGUCAAGAUGGCGGCCUCCGUGGAGCUGUCCCCGCCGCCCCUCAGCCUGGAGCUGCUGCCCACCGACCCGCUCCUCCUCAUCCUCAGCUUCCUCGACUACAGGGACCUCAUGAGCUGCUGCUAUGUAAGUCGUAGAUUAAAUCAGCUUUCAAGUCAUGAUCCACUGUGGAGGAGGCACUGUAAGAAAUAUUGGCUUUUGACUGAAGCUGAGAAAUCCAGAAGAAAUAAGAGCUGGAAAGCAAUCUUUAUAGAUUUUUAUGCUGAUUUAGGAAGGUAUAUUCAGUAUUAUGCUACACUUAAAAAGGCUUGGGAUGAUUUGGAAAAAUAUUUGUUGCAACGCUGUCCUCGGAUGAUUACUUCUUUAAAAGAGAGUGUACGGGAGGAAGAUUUGGAUGCAGUGGAGGCACAGAUUGGUUGCAAACUUCCGGAUGACUAUAGAUGUUCAUUUCGGAUCCAUAAUGGACAAAAGCUAGUUGUUCCGGGGUUGAUGGGAAGCAUGGCACUUUCCAAUCACUAUCGCUCUGAGGAUUUGUUGGACAUUGACACGGCAGCUGGUGGCUUUCAGCAGCGGCUAGGGCUGAAACAGUGCCUUCCCUUAACCUUUUGCAUUCACACCGGAUUGAGUCAGUACAUGGCUUUGGAGAACGUGGAGGGUCGCAAUAGUUAUGAGAUCUUCUACCAAUGUCCAGAUCAAAUGGCACGUAAUCCCUCUGCAAUUGAUAUGUUUAUUACAGGUAGCUCCUAUUUGGAAUGGUUUACCUCCUAUGUAAACAAUGUAAUAACAGGUGGCUAUCCCAUCAUCCGAGACCAGAUUUUCAGAUAUGUUCAUGAUAAGGACUGUGUAGCAACAACGGGAGAUAUUACUGUCUCUGUCUCUACGUCUUUUUUGCCUGAACUCAGUUCAGUACAUCCACCUCAUUAUUUCUUCACUUACCGAAUCAGAAUUGAAAUGUCCAAAGAUGCACUUCCAGAGAAGGCCUGUCAGUUAGACAGUCGGUACUGGAGAAUAACUAAUGCCAAAGGUGAUGUUGAUGAGGUUCAAGGACCUGGUGUAGUAGGAGAAUUUCCAAUAAUCAGUCCUGGUCGAGUUUAUGAAUACACUAGCUGCACUACAUUUGGCACUACUUCUGGGUACAUGGAAGGAUACUAUACAUUCCAUUGCCUUUACUACAAAGACAAGUUUUUUAAUGUCACCAUUCCUAGAUUUCAUAUGGUUUGCCCAACAUUCAAAGUAUCUAUAGCUCGCAUGGAAACCCAUCAUAAUGAAUGUGCUAUGGAUGAGGAUGAAGACUCAACAGAUACUGAUGAAUAUGAAGAUCGGCGCAGAAUACUGGACAUUCCUGCUCCUUCUGGACGUUGUCCACGCCAGACUUGAACAGACUUUAAAAAACCAACUCUUUCCUCAGUUCUAUAGGGAGAUAAUAUUUCUGAGUAUCAAAUAAUUAUUUGGCAUUGGCUCAUUCAGCAUAAAGCUGGUGCUGAUUCUGGCUUAUAUCUGAUCAGAUAAUACAGGCAGGUUUUCCUUUUGUCUUGCAUUUAUUAUCAGAGGGAGAAUUUGUGAGGUAGAAACGAGACAGUGUAGUGAGCUUUAUUCUUGCAAACAGAUUUACAGGAUUUGGGGGCGGGGGGAGACCAGUGUACAUUUAAAACUUAUUUAAACAAGAAUGGUGCUUUCUUUUUCUCUUGUUUUAAUGAAACAGUAUUGGUUUGCAACAGCUAAUAAAAUGGGUAAAAAUAGGCAUGCUGUUUUCAUAAUGAUUCUGUACUGUUAUUAAUUUAUGCUGUAAAUGAGCAAAAUAUCUGCAGCUUAAAUUUAUGUAACUUUUGGGAUGUCAUCUUGUAUAUUUUAAAAUUAACUUAGAAAUAUAUAUACCAGGAUACUCAAAAUAUUUGACAGGAAGCUGUUUUAUGUUUUUAAAUCCCGCAUCCAGUCUAUGAUCAUACACAGGCCUUCUGGAAUGUGGGAUGAACACCUUGCCUACUUCAUUACAACCCCCCACCCCCAAUUUAUUGCAUCAUAUAAAUAUGUAAAUAUGGUUCCAGUCCUUCAAAUCCCAUGUAACUAUUGUGAUAAGUGAUUAGAAUUUUGUUCAACUAUAAACCAUGUUUUCCUGGA